AUGAUAGGGCUGCAGAAUGUCACAACAGACGUCUCGACGAGCAGUGAGGUUGCAGUGACUAGUCCGGCGCCGGUGGCUGAGCCGGCUGUCAACGAGAUGGGUUUGGUAGAGACGACGAGGCUGUCGACCGCGACAGGAGAUUUAGUAAACGUGACAGUGCAGGAGCGACCCUCGAUGUGGGACAUGUAUUGGAACCAUUGCCCCAAGUGGCGGCCAGUAAACCAUAUAUUUUUCCAAGUGGCCAAUCUGUUUUUCUUGCUGUCAUUCCUGGCACCGCACACUCCUGGUGGUCUGAUGUGGUUGCGUGUGGCGCUGAUUCUCGGCUGUGCUUUUAGCGGCAUGUGGGCAUGGAGUAUCGAGUGCUACCUGGACGCUGUACUGUGGAACAGUGCAUUCAUUGUGAUAAACUUUGUUUAUUUUUCGAUACAGUUUUAUUUGAUGCGUCCGAUUAAGUUCCACAAGGAUCUUGAAGAGGUAUACAUUCAACUGUUCAAGCCUCUGCGGGUGUCGCGUCGGCAGUACCGGCGGGUGUUAAUGUGCAUGCGUAAUAUACGCCACCUCAAGUGCCAUGAGCUUUAUGCUCACGAGAAGGUCACUAAAGUGGAUAGCCUCUCGUUGGUGCUCUCCGGCAAACUCGUUGUGUCACAGAACCAGCGAGCACUUCACAUAGUUUUCCCACAACAUUUCCUAGACUCGCCGGAGUGGUUCGGAGUAUCCACGGACGAGUAUUUUCAGGUGUCAAUUAUGGCGAUGGAGGAGUCCCGCGUGCUGGUGUGGCACCGGGACAAGCUUAAGCUGAGCAUCAUGUCGGACUCCUUCCUGCAGGCGGUGUUCGACCACAUACUCGGCAGAGACGUUGUGCACAAACUCAUGCAGGUUAGCGAAACCAUGGCAGUGAGCAACGGCCACCUGCCCAACUGUUACGAGGAGGGAGAGGACAAGCCGAUGUUGGUUGUGAAGAAAGCGGGCGACGGGCCCGGCAUCACCGCGCUCUUGAACCGACAGCUUCAAGCGACGGACCCGAACGCCUGGCGGCUGGGCCGGAUAGAGGAGACGGAGCACGAGACGCCGGUGUGA